AUGGCUUUUGCAAACAUGUAUUUCUAUACAUUUUAUGACGUGGCAAGCAAUAUGAAACAGCAUACGUUCUUUGCUGAAACCAUUGGUAAUAAAUACAAGUUCAAUGUCAGCCCUCUGACUGUCAGUUAUAAAAGGCGGAGUCGUGGCUUGCCAUUACUUCAUUUACUACUUCAUUUACCAUUUCACUUAUUCACUUAUUCAAUCUUCAAUCCCCAUUACUCGUUCCUAAUGUCUGAACAAGAGAAGAUCAGAGCCUCAGUUGAAAGACAGUUUGUCGAGUCAGGAGAGAAGGACAGGUUUAGACUACUCCAACUUCUUAAAGAACGUCUGACUGAUUUUGGGUGGAACGACAGACUCUAUGCACACUGCAGAGAAAGCUCGAGAACGUUACUCUCGAUAAGCUUGUCAACGAAGCUUCCGAUUAUGGUCGAAGUAAGAUUGUUUUAA